AUGCCGGGCUUCGCAGAGUCCUUUUGGUCGAGCGACUAUGCUGCAGGACUGGGUGUCCUGUUUAGCAAGCUGCAGCAGGGCGUGCACGAGAACCGUCAAGUCCUAACCGUCGCCCGGAUGCGUGCCGAAGCCGAAGAGAUCUACAGUCAACGGCUGGGAGACAUCGCACCAGCUGCCGACAAAGUACAAGGUGGAUUCUCAAGAGAUGACGGUGCUAGCGUUCGCAAGGCCUACGAUGGUGUUCGAAUCGAGAUGGAAGAGGGUGCCAAGAACCACAAGAAGAUUGCCCAGAAUAUUCGAGACCUCGUUGUUAACCCCUUCUCCCGUUGGUGCGAUGCGCACGAAUCGCGCAUCCAGGAUUCUCAGGAUGAGCUCCAGGCUCGCAUCAAAGCGCACGACAGGCAAGCAGAACUAGUCAAGAAGCUCAGAAGCACCUACUUCAACAAGUGCCGGCUGGUCGAAGAUAUCGAAGAGGAAACCAAGUUGGGAUUCCAGGACCCUGAAACCAGCCCCAAGAACAACAUCCCCGAAAUCAAGGUCUCCGAGAACAAGGAACCCGAAAGGCAUGAAGCCGAGCAAGAGGAUGAACCCAUCGAAAUUGGCGAUGAGUUUUACAACCCUGAUCAAGUAAAGAAGAUUCUGGAGCACAUGCUGAACACAAUCAAGCUCGGAGAGACAAAGGUUCCCAUUAUCGGAACUUACCAGAACACCUCGGCCGGUUCAGAUAUCGUGGAAUACCUGCAAAAGCAUAUGAACACCAGCAGCGUCAGCUACGCAGAGAGAAUCGGACAAGACCUCAUCAGCAACGGAUUUUUGAGACUUAUUGGCAACGUCGGCAGCACUUUCGCAAACAGCUCCAAGAUGUUUUACCAGUGGCGGCCCAAGGCUUUCAAGACGGCUGGAGUUCCCGACAAGAAGCAACCCCUUGGUCGCACCUUUUCUCUUCCCGUUUCCGAGUCGUCGGAUUCGCCUGUCGUCGGAACCGUAAGCGAGUAUCUUGCCAACUGGAACGUCCUUAACAACGCCCACCCCAACGAGACUCCCGCCGAGCGACUGCGCCGCGAGGCUAGAGAGGCCGAUGACAAGUACAAGGCUGGUGUGCGGAAGCUGGACGAAAUGCGCUGCGAACUCGAGGAGACCAUUUUCCUGCACCUGCGCUUCUUGGAGCGUUGCGAGCUGGAUCGUCUCAAGGCCAUCAAGACUGUUAUCCUGGACUUUUCCGGAACCAUCAGCAACGUCAUUCCUAGCCUCCAGUCGGCCGUGGACAACAUGAUGCUCUUCCAAGAGACGGUCCAGCCUGCCGGAGACUUGAGAUAUCUGCUCGAGAACUACCGCACUGGCAGCUUCAUUCCGAAGGUCGUGGUCUACGAGAACUACUACAACAAGGUUGAUGAGCAGACUUUCGGCGUGGACCUUGAGGCGAGAGCGCGCGCGGAUAAGAAGCGCGUGCCCGUCAUUAUCACCACCAUCCUGACUUACCUUGACAACCACUACCCUGAUCUAGAAGGCGACGAGGCGAGACGCGGCGUCUGGCUGGUGGAUGUGCCUCUGCAACAGAUUCACAAGUUGCGCGCCAAGCUUAACGACGGCAAGCCUAUCUCGCCCGACGUGUUUGACGAGUUCGAUAUUCCAACUGUUGCAAGCUUGCUCAAGCUCUACCUUCUUGAACUACCUGAUUCCUUGGUCUCGUCUCAUGUGUAUGAGAUCAUCAGAACGAUUUACCAGACUCAGACCCAGGAUGACGAUGCUGCUCGUGUGCCUGUUCUUCAACAGACGCUGUCGCAGCUGAGACUUACUAAUAUUGCGACUCUUGACGCUUGCAUGAACCACUUUACCCGCCUAAUCGAUCUUACCUCGGCUGAUGAGACUUACAUCUCAACCCUGGCCACUACCCUGGCACCAUGCAUCCUCCGCCCUCGCACGGAGACUUCCCUUACGAUGGAGGAGAAGCAUGCCUACCGUCUCAUCCGGGAUUUGUUCGCUCACAAGGAUGCAAUCUUUAGUGAACUCAAGCGUAUGUCUACUUUGAACCACACUGGUUCGGUUAACCGCCCUCGUGCCAUCAGCACGGACGAGAGCAACCGGAGGGCGAACAUGGAGGAGCGGAAUAGAGCUCUGCUCGAAAAGGCCGCUGGCAGCCGUGGCCGCGCCACUAGCCCGGCUCCGAGCCCUCGUGGGCACAGACGCGACCGCAGCACUGGCGGCCCCGAAACCCGCUUCCCGAUCCAAACGAGCCCUCCCGGAACUGCCGUUGACCGCCAGCGUUCUAGCCUUGGCAGCGUCAUUGGUGCCAAGCGUUCAAGUCUUGAGGUUCCUGGCAGCGAGAACAGCUCACCGUCGGAGCCGGCCAACGGCACGGCGGCCCCGACCGCUGCCCCCGCCGCCGAGGGCGUUGCCGCAAGAAUUCAAGCCCUUGAGUCGCCAGUGGAGAAGCGCAACAGCUUGGGUCGCACUACGGCCAGAUAUUCUCUCGAGCGCCGGGUGCCGGUAGCUCCUAGUGCCGGAAGCGACAGCACCCCUUCGACGCCCCGCGGAGUGACGCUCGAGGACAAGCCAAUGAGUGAUUAA